CAUGCCGCCGUCAAAACAAUAAUCUUAUAAUCGCAUCGCGUUUGAGAAGGGGAGAACAGUUGCACUUGGUGCUUCGAACGGUUCAGAUCGACGGACGGAUAUUCGCGCAAGAAGGCGGCUUUUUAAAAAGUGGAUUUAGUGAACGAGAGUCACGAUUGUUUUGGUUACCACCCCACGUUCGUUGUGAUUGCACACGUUGAAAUCUCUCUCCCCCGGUUUGGUGUUAUUGGAUUGGUUGACUGCGAAGGAGACAUCCCAGCGGCGCUGUAUAGUGUGUUCUAUUGAGAAGACUUCCUGUUCAGUGACUAUUAGUGCAAUAAACUCGUGGAAUUGAUUAAUUUAGUGUAGAAGCCGUUCUCCUGUCUGUGAACCAGCUUGUAAAGUAAGUGUUGAAACUACGCCGCUAGGAAUUCUCACACACCUCGUCGUCGCCGCCACCAUGCCGGAGAUAGAAGUGUUGCAACCUUCAUCAGCCGGUACAUUACAACCGGUACCGGUGCCGGCCCUAGUCGUCGGCAGCAGCAGUACUGGCAAUAUCUCCGCGAGGAAGCCGGCACCAUCGGAACUAGAUCAACAGCAGCCGCCACCGCUGUUUCCCGACGACGAGAAGAAAUCUAGCAAAAUCCAAGAACUGCGGAAACUGAUUGAAAAUUGUGAUGACUUUGUACGUCGCAGUGAUGAUUUGUUUCUGGUUCGAUUCCUGCACUGCUGUGACUGGAACGUAGAUGACGCAUACCAACGAAUGGUCAAACUGUUUAAAUUGAAGCACGACAACCCCGACUGGUUUGUCGACAAACCCUUGCAAAACUAUAAGGAACUGCUGAACCGCAACAUAAAGUUCGUCCUGGACAAGCGGGACAAGAAGGGACGCCGCAUAUUCGUCAGCAAGAUGGGAAACAUGGACAUCAGUGCAUUUUCGGCCACCGACCUAGCGCAUCUAGACGAACUGUGGUGUGAGUUCAUGCUGAACGAUUUGGAAACGCAGAAAAACGGGAUCUCCUGUUUGAUCGAUAUGAGCGGUUACUCUCUCAAGAGUCUCCGAUAUCUGACGCCGACGAACAUCCGCAUCGCAACGCAAAAGGCCGAUCUGAUGCCGGUUAAGCACAUGGAGUUCCAUGUGGUGAACUCGUCCACAUUCAUGAAUGCAGCGGUUGCCAUCCUGUAUCCGAUGCUGAGUAAACAGAUCAAGGAUUCGGUUCACUUCCACUACUCGAACUGGGACUCGCUGCAUGCCCAAUUGGGAAAGGACGCCCUGCCGGCGGAAUACGGUGGAUCAAAUGGGGAGGUGUUUGACUAUGAGAUGCUGAACAGGCAACUGCUGGAUCUGGAACACCACUACGAUAGCAUGCUACGUUUCGGGUAUGAGCUGAAGCCGCACGUGGAUCCCGGCAAGUAUGCGAAGUUCUUCCAUCACGUGGAAAAGACCAAGGGCAAUAAGCGAAAGUACAAAAACAAGCGGGACGAAAAUGUUGAAAUGUGAUUUGUUUGGGAUAUGUGUACAAGAUUGUAGUUAGCGUAAGUAGGAUGUUAAGUUUCAACGAAUUUUUUAUGUGAUAAGUGAUAUCUCAAUUUUUAUAUUCAAUGAUUAUAAUGAAUGAUAUAAAAUCUCUAAGACAGUAGGUUAUUCAAGGAAAUUUAGUAAAACAAACUGUUGAUUCAGUGGGAUAGGUUGAAGACAACAUAUCAUAAAUGAAUUUAAAUAAAACAUGUUUUGCCGAUAA